UCCCCGUCCUAAAAGAACCGCUCUGCCGCGUCUCUACUGCUCCUGCUCACUUCACAGUGAAGCAGUAUGUUUCUAUGGUAUCAAAGACCUCCAGCUUGCCGGAAAUCUCGGGGCGCGCACUUCCUCUAGGGCUUGUCUGGCCGCCCUCCUCCCACUUUGUGGUUGGCUGGGAGCGGCCUGUGCGGCAAUAACAGCAGCAUCAUGGCCGGCAUCAAAGCUGGUCUAUCAGCUCUUUGACCUUGGGGAGCAGUGCCAAUUUCCCACGGAGCUACUUUGUAAUGCCAGCUUUGAUUAGCCUGUCCUUCGGGGGAGCAGUUGGGCUAAUGUUCCUGAUGCUUGGCUGUGCCCUUCCAUAUUAUGACAAAUAUUGGCCCCUGUUUGUUCUGUUUUUCUAUACCCUCUCUCCAAUUCCAUACUGCAUAGCAAGAAGAGUAGUUGAAGACACAGAUGCGACAAGUAAUGCCUGCAAGGAACUUGCCAUAUUUCUUACGACAGGCAUUGUCGUCUCAGCAUUUGGGCUUCCAAUUGUGUUUGCUAGAGCAAAUGUGAUUGAGUGGGGAGCCUGUGCACUUGUCCUCACAGGAAACACAGUCAUAUUUGCUACCAUCCUAGGGUUUUUCUUGGUUUUCGGCAGCAAUGAUGACUUCAGCUGGCAACAGUGGUGAAAAGAGCUGGAAAGAGAACUAUCGGCAUCUUGUAUCAUUCAGUGGCCAUCCAUACAAUGGAAAGAAUGGGCAAUAAAGCGAAUGUACUGUUUCCACAGAGGGGCCCUAGUUGUAGGACACUCUGUAGUCACUUUUUCUCUCCUUUCACAUACAAUUUUAGGUUUUGCUUGAUUUAAACGUUCUAAAUGCAUUUUAUUUUAUUUUAUGUGGGAAAUAGGAUGCUUAAAUGUGAUGUUUCAAUGUGUUUCUUUUAAACGCAUCAUAACUGUGCUUAAGUACAAAAUUGAUAUUUUGACCAUGGGUUACUUUUUAAGCUGUAAUGUACAAUCGUGUUACAAACUGACAACAAACUGAGGACACAAUCCAGAUAGAGAAACAUUUUUUGCAGCCUGAUCCAAAGUAUGUUUGUUUGGAAUAAGUCCCACUGAGUUCAGUGGGGCUUUUUCCCAAGUAAGUGUGCAUAGGAUUGUGUCCAAUUCCUGUUAUCUAAAUGGGAGAGCUAAGCAUACAUUCAACACUCCUUUUUGAGAUGAACAGAAUUUAAAAGGAUGUGUCUGGAUUAUGUCCUGAAUUUCCAAAACCUUAAAUGGUUGGGAGGUUUUAGUAGUGAUGUGUGAAGGGCUGAAAGAGAGGAAUACUUUGUGUCUGAUUAGUGGGUCACUUAUUCCAAUAUGCAGCUGAAAAGUGAUAAUGCCAUUGAUAUGGGAGUGGGCUGGCUUUUGAAAAUAAUGGGGUUUCUAAGUUUUAUUUUGGAAGUUGUUUGUUUGAUGCUCUAAAGCGGGGAGGGCACUCAGUGGGAAAGUCACUUAACAUUUAAAGUCCACCCUUUUAAAACCCCUUUUGAAAUCUUUCUAUUUAUAAGGUAUUGUACUCUUUGACAGUUUAUGUCAACUCUUUUUGUGUUUUACCAAAGUGGAGGUUAAAGGAACGUCCAUGAAACUACUGAUUAUGGGUACAAUCUUGGAGGAAGUUCUCCUGCACAAGUCCCUUGGAAAUGAAUGGUAGUGUUCUUGUCCAGCUGACAUUCAUUGUCCCAUGGCUCAUGCAGGAGAACUUCUCAGCUGAUUGUACUCACUGUGUUUGCAAAAUAUACAAGGAUAAUUUCUGCUUCCUUUUUUAAUUUAUUUUAUACAUGGUAUAAAAAGCCUUUUCAAAUGUAGAUUGAAACUCUUAGUAACUUACCUGACAGAUUGAUUACUGCAUUAAUAUACAGCCAAAGUUUGGCUGCUUGGCAACUCUUUGUGAAGGACUAUAAGUGAUUCUGUCAAUGUUUCAGUUUAUGCAUUAACGUACUAAAUGUUAGAUCAUAAUUGUAGUUCUGUUAAAAUACAGUAUAUCACAUGUAAUUUGCAAUAUUUAAUAAUUGCAUACCUCUUAAUUGUCUUUUCUGUUAACUAUAAAUUUACCAUUUUUCUUAGAUACUGUUCUUUCAGAGUGUUGUUUUGCUGCUGGCUCCUUAGGAAGAUACUUAGAUGUUUGUGCUAACACUGUGUAUUCAUGCAAAUUAGCGAUGUCUGGCUAUCUGAUACUGACAUCUGAGCAUAGCUGAAUAAAAUUACCAAACUACAAGCAUGAUCCAUCCUCCUACGGGCACAGCUCAAUGGAGCUAUCUUCUCUUUCUCCCUGGCUGUUCUACAGGCAUGUGUGCUCCAGUGUACCUCCAUAACUGUCUAGCCAUCCAUCCCUCAUCUCUCGAGGACCUGGCACACUUCAGUGUGAGGUGGAUGAAAGAGGGCUGAACUGAGCACUCUGCUGAUCCCUUUCUCCUGGCCCAGCUCUGUUUGGGGGCAGGAAUCUGAAUUGUUCCUUAAAUUUGUAGCUCCUAAACAAAGAAGUUGUUUAACUGAAUUUAGCAGGAUUGUAGUUAUCAGUGCAUAAAUGCAUAGGAGAUGCUAGGUUUAUGUGUAUCUUGUUUAAAAGAAUGUGAUACUGACUUAAAAUACAGAAAAACCUUUGUAGCCCAGUGAUCAUGACUGCUAAAUCCAUAUUGUAGAUUCAAAAAUACUUUUUUCCUGGGAGUUGAGAACCGAAGAUGGAUAUAUAGAGGUUGGUUCUGAAGAACUUGCAGAGUCAUUUGGAUCCUGGCCCAAGCUUUAAGUAGCUGGAAAUGUUUCAAAUCAGUCCUGGCGAUCUGAAAGCACAACUUUUACUGGAUUACAUUAAAAUUCAUGCUCACAGAUCUCUGAGGCUCCUUUGGGAAUGUUCUGCACCAAUGGCAGAAUGGCCUUAGCCAUUGUGAUAACUCAUUUUGUGAUCCUCUCAAUCAUGUACUAUAACAAAAUGGGUUCUCUUCUUCCCUGCACUACUGUUGUUUUUCUUAGUGAAAUGACCAUCUAGUCUUCACUUGGGUGCCAAACUCUUUUAUAUUUACUGGUAGUGUAUUUUCUGUGUGUUAAUUGUAUGGACAGCAUUAUGGUGGCAGUCUUGCUCAUUUUUAGACAUAGUGCUGUCUCCGAUUUUCAGGUUAGACAUUUGAGAGGUAUGUCUCCCCCCGCCCCCAAUGUAAUAUGCACUGAGCAGCAUUGCCAUCCUUCUACAAAGAGAAAUUUUGAUGACAAAAUAAAAUUUUAAACAUCA